AUGAGUAAUAAAAGAAGAGGGAAAAGUUUACUAUACGACGAUUAUGAUGAUGAUUUCGAAGAUUAUGAUAAUUAUGAUGAAAAAGAAUAUUGCGAAUUUGAUUUUAAAGAAAAGAAAAAAACUGCUAAUAUAAAACAAGAAAAGGGUAGUAAUAAAAAGAAGGAAAAUAAUAACAAUGUCAAAAAUGAUCCAAUAAAAAAAAAAGAAAAUAUUAACAAAAUCACAAAUGAUGCAAUAAAAAAAAAAGAAAAUAUUAACAAAAUCACAAAUGAUACAAUAAAAAAAAAAGAAAAUAUUAACAAUGUCACAAAUGAUCCAAUAAAAAAAAAAGAAAAUAUUAACAAUGCCACAAACGAUAUAAUAAAAAAAAAAGAAAAUAUUAUCACACUACAAAAUAUUAAAGACAACAAUAAAUAUAUAAUGCUGAACACAUUAAAUGUACUUGUAUUAGGACAUAUUGAUGCUGGUAAAUCUACACUAAUAGGUGCUUUACUUUAUAAUUUAAAUUAUGUUUCUGAACAAACCAUAAAGAAGUAUGAACAUGUCAGGGAAAGUGCGAAAUAUACAUAUAUAUUAGACGAAGAAGAAGAUGAAAGAGAAAGAAACAUAACUCUUUUUAAUAAAAGAAAAGAAUUUUAUAUAUAUUAUACCAAAGAUGAUAUAAAGUUAGCAUAUGAUAUUAUAAGAAAUGAAAAUGAUUAUAAUAAUGAUGAACAAGAGAAACAAAAUAUAGGAAAAUAUACAAAUAAAAAUAUUUAUGUUAAUAAAAAUAUAUUUGAAGAUUUUUAUAAAAGGAAAGUCAUACAUGAUGAUGUUAUAUGUAUUAAAAAAAUAAAUAUAUUUGAUACACCUGGUCAUAAUGAAUUAGUAAAUAAUUUACAUACAUGUAGUUUUUAUGCAGAUUGUGCUAUAUUAGUAGUUGAUGGAAAUAAUAUAUAUAAUAAAAAGAACGAUGAAACAUAUAGAAAUGUAUGUAUUUUAAAAUCUGUAGGAAUUAAUAAUGUUAUUAUAGUAAUCAACAAAUUAGAUUUGUUUGAUUAUGAUAUAAAAGUGUUUCAACAUAUAUGUUCUAUUAUUAAAUCAUAUUUUGAAUGUCCUAAAAAUGAUAGUAUUUAUGAAUUUCUUUUUAAUCAUAAUUUUCAUGUACAUAAAAAAUGUCUACAAAAUAAAAACAUACAAACGUUAUUACAAAGAAAUUUAUUAUUUACACCGGUUUCAGCAUAUAAAAAUAAAAAUAUUGUAAACUUUGAACAAAAUGAACACAUACCAUUAUUCAACAAUUAUCUAUGUUUAUAUAACCAAAUUAAAUUUAUGAAUAUAAAAAAAGAUUUAUUUUUCUUUAAAGUAUGUGAACAAAUUUUAGACGAACAAAAAAAGGAUUCUUUCCCUUUAAAUUCCUAUUAUAAUUUUGUUAAAAAUAACAAUCAUUUAUUUUUUGCAAAUAAUAUCUUUUUUGAUUUUGAUAAGGAAACAAAUCAACUCAAUUCAAUCAAAAAUGUAACAAAUGAAGUUAAUCAUUCUGUAGGAGUAGUUCAAGAUUUUACACAAUCAAAUAAUAUGAUAAAAGCUACUAUUAAAAUAUUACAUGGUUAUCUAAAAACAAAAGGUAUAGCUUAUACUUUAUUACCAUGGAAAGAAAAUGUCACCAUAAAAAAAAUUGAAGCAAAAAAUGAUAUCUUUUAUAAAUUUAUAAAUAUUGAUUAUUUUUCCAUUCUUAUAGCAAAUACACCGAAUAUAAUUAAUAUUAUGAAAAACAUCCUUCUUCCACAAUUAAAAAAUCUAACAAUUUUAAAUAAUAAAAAUGAACAUAAAGAAGGAAAUAAAUCAAAUACAUGUAAAGAACAAAAUUAUAAUAUAUCAUCUUCAAAUAUUAUAAAACAUAAAAAUAACUUGGACCAAAACAAUUUUUUUCUUUUAAAUACCAUUGAAAAUAUAUCUGAACUAGCCAAAUAUUGCUCCCUCCAAAAUGAACACUUAAAUAUAACUAAUGAUAUCAUUGAUAAUGUGUACCUUAAAAUUGAUGAUAACAAAAUAAAUAAUGGUUGUGUUUUAAUAAAUAGCGAAACCUUAGAAAACGAGGAAGAACAACAAAAUAAAGAAAAUAAAACAAAUAAAGAAAAUAAAGAUAAUAAAGAAAAUAAAACAAAUAAAGAAAAUAAAGAAAAAUGUAACUUAUCUUUUAAUACAAUACAUAAUAAUAAUUUUCAUGUCAUCCCUUGUAACAAAUUUAAAGUAUUAAUAAAAUUAAAUGAAAUACGAAUUCCACUUAUUAUAGGUAGACAAUAUCUUUUUUAUUCUUUAAAUUUUGCACACAGUGUAACCGUUACAAAUAUUUUUUCUCUUUAUAAAAAAAAUGUUAGUUCAAAUUCUGAUCAUUUGUCAAUCUCAUCAAAUAAAUUAAAGUUUGCUGAUAAUAAAAAUAUAACAGAUAUUGAAAAUUAUCAAAAAAGUUUUAACAAAAAUAGUGAUAAUAAUAAUUUUACAUUUUAUGAAAAAAUUGAUAAUAAAAAAUGUUUACGUAGUCAUGAUAUAGGUAUUAUAGAAAUACAAGUUAAUAAUAAUUCUCUCAUUUGUGCACAAUAUUUCAGAGAGGAAUUCAAAUAUUUUAUUUCUUUAGAUACACCAUUUUUUAAUAUUUACGAUUUUCUUUUUUUUACCAUUUCACCAUUGUCUCGUUUUAUUUUAUCUGAAGAAAAUCAAAUAAUUGCCAGUGGAUUAAUAUUAACAAAAUCAUGA